AUGCGGAACAGAACCAGUGCGGUCCUCUGUGCCCUUGCCCUUCUGACAGGCUUUCUGAUCAUCUGCCUGGGGGCCUUCUUCAUCUCCUCAGGCUCCACGUUCAACUGUCGGUGGAACCUGAUCCUGGCCUAUCUGCUUCUGCCUCUGGGGUUUGUGAUCCUUCUGAGUGGGAUUUUCUGGAGUACCUACCGCCAGGCCAGUGAAAGCAAAGCGAUGUUCAGCCAUGUGCUCAGACCACAUCUUGCUCAGGGAGCCGUGGCCCCAGCCACAGUGGACAGGCCAGAUUUUUACCCGCCUGCUUAUGAAGAAAGUCUGGAUGCUGGAAAGCAAACCUGUCCUGCAGAGGGAGAGGCCGUGGAUGUCCCGCCACCUCUGUACACAGAGAUGGACCUUGGAUUUGAGGUUGCAAGUGGUGCUCACCGAGAGGCACCACCAUCCUAUGCCGAGUCUGCAGUGGACGGGGCGGUGGCAGCAACAACAUGGAAAGAUGCCCAGAGGCAAAGCCAAGAGUGCUGAAGCAGGGGGAGCUCUCUGGCCCCAGGACGGCCUCUCCUGGGACACAGCUGCUAAAAAUAAAAGCAGGCAAGGGAUUGUGGGAGGAAAAGCCAUGUCCGUGACCCCAUGCAAGA